GCCAAGGGUGAAAAAAUAGAAGCAUCUAAUCGAUGGUUCCUGAUCAAGACUCAUUGGUCUGUUCCAUCAUCUUGCGAUAUACCAAGAUGCAUUUGAAUUGAUAAAGACCCGUUUCAUCCUCAUCAUCAAAUCUCCUCCUGCACCGUCGAUGUUUCAGUCCAUCCGACAAGAACGGUCUUCCUCUUCUCAUACCUUCACUCUUGCCUUGUAUACGACAACUUGUAUACAACAACAUAUCUACCCCAAGAUAGCCUACUUCAUAUCACGUUGACCCCACUCGCUUUUGACCUCUCGUCGGUCAAUUGCCCCUUGCUACCGCACGGAAGGUCUCUUCUUUCGCCGAGGAACAACCCAUCCAAUUCGACAUCAUGUCAUUGUCCGGCCACUCGUCACCGAAGGAGGAUGUCCCCGAGCAUCUGGCUGCGGUGGAGCCUGACGAUAUGGAUGACUUGGCGGACCGACCCGCCGGUCCAAGGGCGUACCGCAGGUCUCGCUCAGGGUGCUUCACUUGUCGUUUGAGGCGGAAAAAAUGUGACGAGACCAGACCAACCUGCAAAUCAUGCGCGAAGCUCAGCCUCAAAUGUGAUUAUAAGACCCCCCAGUGGUGGGCUACUCCCGAGCUGCGCCAGAAACAAAUGGACAGAAUCAAGACAAGGAUCCGGCAAACUAAAGUGAUGCAAAAAGAGGGCUCCUUGGAAGAGUACAUGAAUCGGAUUCGAGCUCUUGUGCAAAAGGCUCCAACAAUGUCAGAGCAUGAAUCCAAUCGCCCAAUGCUCGCAGAUGGAUACAAUCCGUACGCAGUGUCUCUUCCUACUCCGGUCACGCCGUUCGAUGUCAAUGUGACAAUGGAAAGUCAGGCUUUUGUUCUUCCUUCGCAAGUCGACUUCGGUUAUUCUGCGCAGCUUCCGACUCCUGUCCAAGGGUCCAUUUCAGGUCCCGCUAUGGCACCCCCAGCUCCCGACACUUACAUUCCCGUAUGCUCUACUGCUAACACGUCUCUGACCGGAUUGGCCAUGCCCUCUGCUUCGAUGCCUGUAUCUCCUUCAGCUUCAACCUUGCUAACCAUGAACCCGCCAGCCCCUUCAUUCACAUCUCAGGUCCAGUUGGUGACCCCAGAAUUGACCAACAACGAAUGGUACAACAUGAACAGCAACAGCAACAUGGCCGCUCCCACCGCCACCACCACUUCCCCAUCCACUUACAGCACCAGCGGCAUCAAUGACUUGGGCAUCAACAACAGCAGCACCUGCAUCCCAUGUACUGCUGGCUGCUGCAGUGGUGCCGGUGGGCAAUCACAGAACUAUAGCCACACAGACAUAGGAUCCACAUACACCAGGAGUCUGACAGGCUAUCUGCACGCUCUGAUCCCGCUGAGCGAAACUGAGAGGCCGCUUCUGGAUAACUUCAUUGAUCAUGUUGUACGCUUGGUCCUGCCCAUCCCAGAAAUCUAUCCGGGACACAAUGUCCAUGUGAGAGAGAUUGUGAACUCGAUGAUGACCAACCGCUCUUAUCUGCACUGCUGCCUGAGUGUGUCUGCGAUUCAUCUGAAAACCAGCAUGGGUAUGGAGGAUCAGAUGGAUCAUGACAUCAUGCAGCAUCGAUAUGCAGCGAUCUCUCAGCUCUCGAGGGCCCUAAAUCGCCCAAACAGCUCAGUCCAAGUCAUGGAUGCUACCCUUGCAAUGAUCUUCUAUCCUUGCAUGAUCAGCACGCCCGAGAACUACCUUCCGGAUAUCCCUUGGAGUCAGCACUUCCAGGCAGUCACAAACCUGGUCAAGAAGCUCCAGUACCCUCCGUCGCCCUUCAAUGUGUCUCUUAUCACAUGGAUCGACAUAUUGGGCGCCACCAUGACGGGGAGGUCACCUGAAUUCUCUCACACAUACCGCACAAAGCACUUGAGGGGUAUUGCCUCUGGCCUUCAGCAGCUAAUGGGCUGCGACGAUCGCGUGAUGUAUCUCAUCUCCGAGAUCUCUUGCCUUGAGUCGCUAAGGAUUGAGGGUACUUUGGACGACCUGACCAUUAGCCAUCAUGUCUCAGCUUUGAACACUCAGAUUCACUGGACCGAGCCGUCUGAGCCAACUUUUGAGGGUAUCUACACAUCAACCGGCAGUAUCAGGCCAGAACAAGUGACAAAGGUGCUGAGCUCUAUGUUUCGCAUUGCUGCGCGCAUUUAUCUCUACACCAUUAUCCCCAGCUUUGACCACCAAGAGGAUUCUGUCGUGCAGAUGGUAUCUUCCAUGGCCAAUACUCUGCUGCUGCUUCCUGCAGGGCCUAUGGGCUUUGACCGUGCUCUAGUCUGGCCGCUCUUUAUGGCAGGGGUUUAUUCAUUGCCUUCCAGCUCGUUCCGAAAGAUCCUAACCGAGAGAGUCGCGGCCCUAGGCUACCUUGGCAACUUCGGAAGCUUUGGUAAAAUGUACCGCGUGCUGAAAGAAGUCUGGAAAAGCACUCUCACGGCGACCUCUUCUGCCACCAGCUCCCAGCAAGACGUGCUUAAUUCGCCUACCCCCACUGCUACGUUUCAGCAGCAAAGCACUGUGCAGCAGACCAAGCCACACCGCGUUCAUUGGCGUGAAGUCAUGGCACGCAAGAAGUGGAACUUUCUCCUCAUGUAGGAGGACGGCGAGUCUCAAAUGGCUUCGCCCUGGCACUGAUCCAUGAAAAAUCAGUGCCAACAAAAUAUUGGUGCGAAGACAGUGUAUGCAUU